AAUACCGUGAUGCAGAUUUUUUGCGCCGCGCGCCUGCGCUCCAGCCGUAGCAUGUCAAGGUCGCUGGCACGAAACAUUCGUUGCCGUGACGGAGGAGUUGUAAGACCUGAUGCAAAAUGCAUGUCACGGAUAAAUGAACGUGAGCAAAAAAAGGUUGCGCAGAGGUUGUUCUUAUUAUAUGAGGCGAACCGGUGAUAUUUAGUCAAAGGACGGCGUGCGGAUUGUCGUGUAGUCGUCGUGCGAAGAUCUCUGAAUUUCCGAGCACGGCAUCGGGGUGGUGCGUGCGGCGACAGUCGUACGCAACAUCCGAGAUCAGAAGUAAGCUGCCAGCUAUACCUUACGUCCAAACCUUCGCGGAUAUAGCGUGCAAAAUCGCACGUCCUCCAAGAACACAUCAAUCUCGGGUUGAUCAACUCUGACCAUGGCAGGGGAGACAAAACAAGUAACAUGCUACCUACUUUUCUCUUUGGCUACGGCUGUCAUUGGCUCCCUGCAGUUUGGAUAUAACACAGGAGUCAUCAAUGCACCUGAACAGAAAUUACGCAUGUUCUUCAAUCAAACAUGGAUGGAGCGUUAUGGGGUUCCUAUUGACCCCGGAGUGUGCACCAUCGUGUGGAGCGUAGCAGUGGCCGUCUUCAGCGUGGGUGGUAUGGUGGGCUCCUUCUGUGUUGGGGUCAUCGCCAACAAGUUUGGGCGACGCAAGUCCAUGUUCCUCGUGAACAUUUUAGCGUUGCUUGGUGGUGGACUGAUGGGGCUGUGCACUCUCUUAAAUUCCUUUGAGAUGAUCAUUGUUGGCCGUCUGAUCAUUGGGCUCUUCUGUGGCCUCUUCACUGGACUUACCCCGAUGUACGUGGGGGAGGUCUCUCCUACCCCUCUUCGCGGAGCCUUCGGGACUCUGCACCAGCUUGGCGUGGUGGUGGGCAUCUUGAUUGCACAGAUCUUAGGUUUAGAGUUCCUGCUGGGCUCAGAAAAGCUCUGGCCGCUGCUGCUCGCUCUCACUGGCAUACCGGCUGUGCUGCAGUGUCUGCUUCUGCCCUUCUGCCCCGAGAGCCCGCGUUACCUCCUCAUUAACCUAAACAAGGAGGAACAGGCUCGUGAAGCACUGGUGCGUCUUCGUGGGUGCGAGGAUGUGUCGAAAGACAUGGAGGACAUGAAGGAAGAGAGUGUGAAAAUGAACAUGGAAAAGAAGGUGACCAUCCCUGAACUCUUCCGCAGUGCCACAUACCGCCAACCACUUCUCAUCGCCAUCAUGCUGCAACUCUCCCAGCAGCUGUCUGGCAUCAACGCUGUAUUCUACUACUCGACGGGUAUUUUUAAAUCUGCAGGUGUGACCAAACCCAUAUAUGCUACCAUUGGAGCUGGGAUUGUAAACACCGUUUUUACUGUUGUGUCGCUAUUCCUUGUUGAGAGAGCUGGAAGGAGGACAUUGCACCUAAUUGGCUUGGGUGGUAUGGCUAUCAGUGCUCUGGUCCUGACCAUUGCCCUUCUAUUGAAGGAGAUCCAGUCUCUAAGAUUCCUGAGCAUUGCAGCAGUGUUUGGUUUUGUGGCUAUGUUUGAAAUGGGUCCAGGGCCCAUCCCAUGGUUCAUUGUGGCUGAGCUUUUCUCCCAGGGGCCACGUCCUAGUGCUAUGGCAGUUGCUGGUUGCUCCAACUGGACUGCUAACUUUCUUGUGGGCAUGAGUUUCCCCAAACUGGAGGAACUUUGUGGGCCAUAUGUCUUCAUCAUCUUCAUGAUCUUCCUGAUCAUCUUCUUCAUUUUCACGUUCUUCCGCGUUCCUGAGACCAAGGGCCGAACCUUUGAUGAGAUUGCCCAAAGCUUUAGUGGGGCUCCACCUCCGAUAUACACAUCUCCAGAGGAGGCGAGCAGAGUCGUGGUGCCCCCAUCUCCAGGAAAGGAGAAAGUUCCGCUGGUGGCGGCCAGUUCUGGAUCGGAGAAUCCCAGUUCUUCUGUGAAGCCCCCUUCAGAAACCACCAAGGAAGAGAAGGAUGAGGAGAAGUUCAAGUCUGCUACAGAACCACUGGUAAAAUCUGCUGCUGAGGACAACUAAAAUUCCACUGUCCAGGGAAGUGUGUAGAUAUUAUAAAACGUAUUAAUGAAAAUUAUAAAUGGAAAGAAAAAUAAACUAAUAGUACUAAUUUGUUUUUUUUUAAAGAAUGAGAUGUAUUUAAUUUAUUUUUGUGUAAUGACACUGUUGACGAAUUGGUGCAAUUUCCCUUUUAGUAGUUUUUAUUGUAGUAGAUUAUUACCAUAAAAUUUUUGGUUGUGUCACAGGCAUAUAGAAUGUGCAGAACAAACGCAAGCCUCCAACUGAAAGAGUUUAACGAAACAAACAAAUCCCAAAACAAACAUAAAAGUGCACUAACCAAAACUAAAGAAAGCUGAUGUAACAAUAAUAUCAGUAACCAACAAUUGGUCAAAGAGAUGCAAAACGUGAAAACAAUGUAUCAACAUAAUAGCACAAAGGUGAUAUGAGAUUGAGGCAAAACACGCGCCACAUGGGUGGAGCAUGGCAAUAAACCAAAACAAAAAUAUGUGCUACAUACAUGCUAUGAAAAAUGUUACAUAAGCAAGAAGCCCGUGGCACGUAAUAGGUUGUAGAUAUUUAUUGCUCUUUUAAUGGCAGAUAUCAAUUGACUUUUAAAUAUGGUUUAAAAUGCAAUCUGGAUUAUAAUAAACGUUUAACACUUGCUCAUUAUAUUUACAAAUUAAAGCCAAACUUAAUUUUGAGCUAACUUCAAAUAAGAGAAUGAAAGGGAUGUUUAAUCCAAGGAUUCAUAAUAUAAAAGGUGAUAGUGAUUUACCCUCAAAUCAUUGCCCUUCUUAUCAAGAACACAAAUAUGUGAAGGAAUAUUUAGUGAUACCACAAUAAACUUUAAACUGACAACUGUAACCAUUUAAAUGAAACCCUCUGGUACUAAAUCAUUUUCAAUCAAGAUCAAGACAACAUGAAGGUGAUUCUUGCAGUAAUAGCAGGGAAUUAAUGAAAAGCACAGAAGUUUUGCUUAAUUAGGACUGGCAGUAAAAAUAAUGUACCAUUUAUAUGACAUGCUUCUAUAGUCAAUGGAGCUUUACCCAAGCAUACAAUUGCUAGUUUACUGCCAAAAUAUGUACACACACACACACACACACACACACACACACACACACACACAUAUAUAUACAUAUACAU